AUGUCUAUUAUCGGAUAUUCAGAUGUUUGCUUAGGCACACAAGUGACCUUCACUACUCCCUCGCCUCAGAAGUGGGUUCUCGAGGAGAAGCUCAGCAAGGAUCUCCAAAAAAUGACCAGCCGUCAACUUGAGCUGGGCAGUGGACCUUCCUUCGCCGUGUCCAAGUACCUCUGCUACAGUGCGACAGACAGUAACAAGAAGGCAUUCAUGAGAAUUUACUUAGAGAUUCCCAACCCCGGAACAGAGUCCCAACUCCCACGGCUUCGACAACAACAGGCAGCUCCACCCCCUCUCCUCGCCUACAAGGAAGGAAAGCAAGGCAAUAACGGCGUGAUUCCAGGCGGCUACAUAACACAUAUUGUGUGGGAAAUGGUCAGGGGGAAGCCACUUGAUACGGAUCAGUUCUGGAGGCCUGAAUCGGCGCGUUUACGCGAGGUUGUCUGUACGAAGUUCCGCCUUAUCUGGGAAGAGUUGAAGUGUCAUGGAUGGCAUCCAGGGCUCCCUCUUUUGCAGAACAUUAUUUACGACGAGUCAAGCGGGGAUAUGCACAUUGCAGGUUUCCGAGACCCCGACCCCUUCGAUGCCAGCGAGAAAUUUUCCGAUAUGACCUUUGUCCUCUGGCGUUUAACUAGGCCACCCAGAGAGUCCGGUUGGGAGAAUGACCCUACCAAGUGGGCCUGGUAA